AUGGUUGUGUCAACAACAAUGAGGAAAACAUCAUCAAUUUAUACCUGGCUCUCUCUCUUGAUCACCAUCUUCUUCUCUGCAACUUCAGUCUCUUCUUCACUCUCCUACUCUGAUCACUGCUCGUCACUCGUCCCCGAAUCAACUCCAACUGUUGUUGACAAUCCCAUGUUCCCUCUCUUCAGAAUCCUAAGAAGUCAUUACACAGGCGGUGACGGAAUUCCAGGCAACUUCUCAUACCGAUUCUCCCAGAACCAAGUCUUCUUCCAACCAAGCCAACACAUCUUCAAAACCAACACAACCGGCGUUUACAAGAUCGGGGCCUACUUGAUCUUCAGGCACUCGAGCGCCUACAUUUAUCGCCCUCCCAAUUCAACCCAUGGCCGGUCUCACUAUCCUCAGAAUCCUCACAGGACAGGUCCAUUGAAGUUUUCAUUAGAUGGGUUCUGGUCACAGAGCUCUGGAAAGCUAUGUAUGGUUGGCUCGGCUUCUUGGUAUUCUGAAGAAGGUAAGAUUCUCAAUCUUGAUGCAGUUCUUAGUUUUGCAAUGAAUUCGACUAUUUUUCCUAGUUUGGUUACUGGGAAAUUGGACAGCUUGAGCUCUCCAACCGACCUGAAUUUCUUUGAACCAAUUUCAAUCUUGGCUUUUGUUUCAUCAUUUAAAUACAAUUACAAAUUGGUUCCAAAGGAAGUUGAUAGGGGGUGUCCUGGUGGGAAUGAUAUUCCGCAGAACCAAUCGCUUGGUUUCCAACGGAGAAAAUUCUGUUCAAUGCUACAGCGGGGAAUGAAUACCUUCAAGUUGGAGUAUACCAAUGAGUGUGUUUCAUGGAAGAAUUGUACUCCUCUUGGCCAGGGAAUUGAGUAUCUGCCUCUUGUGAUGUCGCUGAGCACAAUUCAGUGCUCUGAGUAUGAACACAAGGUGCAGUACUCGGUAGGAUUCGGAAACAAUAGUGAUAAUGGGUAUAUCCGAGCUUUUGAUCCCACGACAUUGCUAGUUGCAGAAGGAUCGUGGGAUGGGAACAAGAACAGACUAUGUAUGGUUGCUUGCCGGAUCCUGCAUUCCACCCCUUCUCUAGCAAGCCCCCAUGUUGGUGAUUGUUCGAUCAGGUUGAGCUUUAGAUACCCAGCUGUCUGGUCAAUCAGAGACAGAUCAAGCAUUGUUGGGCAAAUUUGGACUAACAAGACUGCUAAUGAGUCAGGGUACUUCAAUAAGAUCACGUUUGGAACCUAUGACAAUAGGAAUGGCGGGGUUUCAGGAUCUUUGGGUUUGAGAUAUGAGUACACUGAAACUGACAGAGUAAGAAAGUCAUGCCUGGCAAAAAUGCAGCCUGGGAAGAAGAACUGGACGGGGGACAGAUACCCGAAGGGGAAUUCUUAUGAUAUGAGUUUCGACACUUCAGUUAAAGAUUCCAUGGGAAAAAUUGCCUGGGGUUAUGCAGUCCCCAUCUUUGUGGGUAAUGAAAGUUAUGGUCAAUACCAUUAUGUGCUUGUCUCAAAUUCAACGCACAAGAAGCCUGAAGUCGAGGAAAACAAAAGUUUUAGUGGCCCAUUGAAUAUCAGCUACGAGAUCAGCAUCAUGAGAUUGCAUUCUCCAAUCCCUGGGAUUUCUUCAUCUAAUUUAUCUUUCAUUUCCAAAGGUAGAGUGGAAAUUUUUGCUGAAGGAGUCUAUGAUGAUGAAACAGGAAAGCUCUGUAUGGUAGGCUGCAGAAAGGUCAGUCCAAAUGAUUCUAUGGACUGUGAGCUGCUUUUGAAAUUCCAAUUCCCACCUGUAAAUGCAAAGAGAGGAGGGAUUAUCAAGGGAAGCAUCGAAAGCACACGAAAAAAAACUGAUCCUCUUUUCUUCGAGUAUUUGACCUUGUCUUCGAUUGCUUUCUACACCGGGGAAGCGAACAAAGCUGUAAAGAGGAUGGACUUGGAGAUCAUCAUGGUUUUGAUCUCCAACACACUGGCAUGUGUGUUAGUGGGAUUACAACUCUUUCAUGUGAAAAGAAACCCUGAUGUGCUUCCUCUCAUAUCCAUUGUCAUGGUUGUGAUCCUCACUUUGGGGCACAUGAUUCCUCUUGUGCUCAACUAUGAAGCUAUGUUCUUUGGCAUUCGCAAUCGCCAAAAUGUGUUCCGUGGGAAUGAUGGGUGGGUCGAAGUGAACGAGGUGAUUGUGAGAGUGGUUACAAUGGUGGCUUUCUUGCUUCAAUUCCGGCUUCUACAACUGGUAUGGACAGCGCGUUUAGGAGAUGAAAACCGUAAGAGCCUGUGGAUUGCUGAAAAGAAAACUCUGUUUGUGUCUCUACCAUUAUACAUUGUUGGGUUAUUGAUUGCUUGGCUCAUGAAUCUGGGGAAGAACAACCAAAGCAUUGUAAUGGGUUCUUCUCUUCACCAACAACACUCACUUUGGGGCGCUUUGAGGUCUUAUGGUGGUUUGAUCCUUGAUGGGUUUCUUUUCCCUCAAAUUCUGCUCAACGCGUUCAGAUUUUCAAAAGAAAGUGCCCUGUCUCAUUCGUUCUACAUCGGAACCACCUUUGUUCGCUUGUUGCCACACGCAUAUGAUCUUUACAGGGCUCAAAACUAUGCUCGUCCCCAUCUUCAUGGUUCAUACUUCUACGCAAAUCCUAGCGCGGAUUUCUAUUCCACUUCAUGGGAUGUCAUAAUUCCUUGUGGGGGAGUGUUGUUCGCAGCCAUCAUUUUCUUCCAGCAGCGAUUUGGAGGCCGAUUUAUCCUUCCCAGGAGAUUUAGGGAGGCAGAGGGAUAUGAAAAGGUGCCUGUAGUGAGCAGUAGUGAGUGA